UGACGCUUCAGGGGUGCGAGUGGGGGGAUCUGCCUUUAAAAAAGGGGCCGAUCCCCCGGGCAGUAGACAUUCCUCGCUCCUCUUGCGACCACCGCGCCCUUCCGCCUUCCGGGCCUCUAGAUGGGGUGUGCCGGUGUUCUCUAGAGGGAUCCGUGUCAAGGUCAUCUCUUCCGGUGACUUCACCAUCGGAGAGCAUGCGCCCGUGGUGGUGUCGCCGAUCUUGUCUUCUUCCUGCCGCCAUUGGAGGAGUGCAACCCCAUGGGGGUUGGCAUCCUUUCGCCACUAUUCGGCUUCAAGGAUUUUCAUCACGUAGCCCGGCUGCAGUCCCCCGCCGGCGGUCACCCAGGAGGAUGACCACCAGCCUUGUGGUGGGGAGAAGCAAGCCGGGUUGCGGCCUCUCUCCCACCCUCAGCUUCAAGGAUGUUCAUCAUCCUUGCUGUGGUGGGAGGCAGGUUGAGCCGGGGCCCUUCCCUCCGCUUGGGUUGGUGACCCGCUUCUUCCUCCAGCAUUCGGAGGGGAAGGGUGUUCACCAAUCCUGCGGGGGGUCGGUCCUUGGCUACACGGGGUCGGCCGACUGCAGGCUAUCAGCUGCAGCGUGUCUGGCCCUUUGGGGCUGGAUAGCUCUGGUGCUGCCUCUGUCGCUGCCUCCUGCUGCCUGGUCGGGGUGUGGUUACCCAUCCACCACACGGGCGACAGUCGUGUCGUGCGCGGGUUUGCCACAUUCAUGGCUUCCUCUGCCGGUCGGGUGCAUUGGGGGACUAUACAAGACGUCGUACGCCGCGGCAGUGGCGGCGGUGUUCUUGGAUGGUCUUGUCCUCACUCAUGUUGGUCAAAACAGGAGCGAGGACCCCUUCGUGCGUGCUGAGGCAGCCGCCGCCCACCGGUGCAGAGGUGGUCGCCGCUGCUGGUGAGGCUGCCUCUUGUCGGGGCGGUUGCCUCCGCUGGUGAGGGCAUCAGAGCCAUCUGUCGCUGAGUCCCCGACUCCUUGGCUUUAAUGGCCUCGUUGUCACCCCCCGUAGGAGGAUAGGGGCGAGGACCUAUCCGCAGUGGCGCACAUGCUGGGAUGAUUGCCGCUGCUGGCGAGUCGUCGGUGCAGAGGCGGCCGUUGCCGUCGGUGCUGAUGCGGUUGCCUCUGCUGGUGAGCCGCUCGGGGCUUGUUAUCCCGCGGCCCUUGCUGGUGUGGAGGUAGUUCAUUCCUGCAGAAAUGAAGCUGGGGUCCCGCUUGUAAGGGAAUGUAAUGACAUCUGCUUGAAAGCAAAAUGUAAUAACAUAUGUACGCAGGAUUUUAGCCUGGGAAGCCCAGUUAUGUGCCUGAACCCCCUAGAUGGUGGCUUCAAGUACUAAGACACCUGCCGCAGGGCGGUGUAGUAUGUAGGCCCACGGUACAGCCUAGCUGAGCGGCUACAUGGCUUCCGGACCCCCCAAGAGAUGAGUGCCUGUUCUUCAAAGUUGGACCUCUAGGUUGUUGGAUGCACAAGACUUUAGUUUUAAAUACUAAGACACUCGCUAUGGGGUGGUGGA